UUCGGUGGAGUUCAAAAUCCAAUAUGGCAGCGCCCUUGAGGACAGUUGCUUUUCUCAACGUUAAGAAAAUCAUAAAUUUUCCAUGUUUAACAUUGACGAAACGUCGAAUAUGUGGGACAAAUAUUGCUAAUUUAAACAUUUUAAAAAGACGGCGCACGUUAUUUUCACAGGUUGAGGUGUUGUACUCCACUACGGUUGAUGGAAAGGAACAUUGUAACAUCGGGACGAUUGGCCAUGUUGACCAUGGAAAAACCUCGCUAACUGCGGCGAUUACAAAGGUCCUUGCUGAGACCAAUCCUAAGAUCAACAAGUUUAUUGACUACAGUUCUAUUGAUCGUAGUUCAGAGGAACAGCGACGUGGCAUUACUAUCUUUGCCACGCACGUGUCCUAUGAGACAGAGAAGCGUCACUACUGUCACACAGAUUGUCCAGGGCAUCUAGAUUUCAUCAAAAACAUGAUAACUGGCGCAGCUCAGAUGGACGGGGCCAUACUGGUGGUCGCAGCUACGGACGGUACCAUGCCACAGACUCGAGAACACCUGCUACUGGCCAGGCAGAUUGGCCUCGAACGUGUCGUCGUAUUCAUCAACAAGGCAGAUAUAGUGGACCAGGAAAUGUUGGAGCUUGUAGAAUUAGAAAUACGGGAUUUGCUUGAGGAGUUUGGCUAUGAUUCCAUUAACACCCCUGUGAUAUGCGGCUCUGCGUUGGCCACGCUUAAUGGCGAUGAGGGGAAAUAUGGGAAGCCUUCUGUAAGGAAAUUGACAGAAACUGUUGACUCUUACAUCAAGGUGCCGAAGCGUAAUGUCGAUGCUCCGUUUAAAAUGCCUGUUGAGUCAGCCUUGAGCGUCCCUGGGAGAGGUACAGUCCUCAUCGGAACGAUUUCUGAAGGAAAAGUUAAAACCGGUGAUGCAAUGGAAUUGCUGGGAUUUGACAAGAAAAUCCAAACCAACAUUAUAGACCUUCAGGUUUUUAAAAAAUCAGUCCCAGAGUGUAAGGCCGGAGAGAACGUGGGGGUGCUGGCUCGUGGAGUGAAGACGGAUGAUGUACGCAGAGGAAUGUUCCUUGUUAAGCCUAAUUCGAAAAAAUUGACCAAUUAUUUUGAAGCUCAGGUCUAUGCUUUGAAGCCUACUGAGGGUGGUCGUACUAAGCCAAUACUGAACAACUAUAUGCAGCCCAUGUUUAUGUCACUGUGGAAUCUAGAGGCCUGUGUUCAAUUUCAUGCAAACACACCCAUGAUCAUGCCUGGUGAAACUCAGAAAGUUAACAUUUUGCUAUCAAAGUCCAUGGUUGUUACAGAGGGUGAUAAGUUCACAAUCCGAGAAAACACAACAGUUUUAUCUGGGAUUAUCACACAGGCUCUGCCCAUGUCGGAACAGUCCAUUGUGGGUUUUAAUAAAUUGAGGCCGAUACAGAUGAAAAUUGCCAGUGGAAACUCGGCUGUUAUUGCAAAACGAGAGAAGAACAAGAAAAAAUAAUCCAAAGGAAAUAUGAUAUUAAUUAAUGGAGACUGAUUAUUUAAUAAACAUAAUUUACUCUUAUUUUUCUCACCACUUUCAAAAUGGUACAUGAUCGGUCAAAUCAAAGAUCUAUAAAAAAAAAACAUGUCUAUUUAUAGAUCUUUGGAAAAAUUGAAAAAAGAAUGUGCAUUUUUUUAUCAGUAUUGGGAUUUUUUUUACAUGUUUUAAAGAUGUCAAAAGGGUUUCAAACCAAUUAGUUUAUUCAAUAUAUUAUUAAAUUAUUGUGUUUCAUUUACUUUUGUAUUGAUGGCACUUGUUCACAAGUUUUUAUAAUUUUGAAAAAUGUCCAUAAAUAUGUUUAUUUACAAAUCUAUAAUGUUUUCAAUAAAUUAUAAUAGCAAGGAAAAAAGCUUUUAAAAAUAUUGCCAACUGCUGGAUCUCUAGGACAUCUGGAAGCAGAAGCAAGUGUACUACUAGUGCAAGAUGCAGGCUUUAGUACUUCUUAAUAUUAUUAGUGAAACAUAAACUUACAGUAGAACUUGUACUCAACGUUUUUUUCAAAACAUGGAAAAGCCUUAAAAAGCUUAAUUAUUUGACCAAUUUUGAAUGAUAUAUAUCCAUUUGUGAACCAAUAUUUUAAAUUUUAUGAACCAAUAUUUUAAAUAAUACUUUUAGCCAGGAGUGUUAUUUUGCUUGAUUAAGUAUAAUAAAGACAUUUUUUUCUAUGACAAUUGUUUUGAAAAUUUAUCAUUUCACUAAACUCUGAACUUCAGAAAAGCAUCUUGAAAUAUGAAUAUGAUAUGUGUAUGAUGUAGAUCUGUAAGUGUCAUUGGGAUACAGGUUUGCAUUUUAAUUUACUUAACACUAAAUAUAAAAACUGUCCAUACCCUUGUUAAUUGUUAACAAAUCCUUUAAAUGAGAUGAAAUAGUGCUCCCUUGUGGGACAAGCAGUACAAUAGCACUUGUUUCCAUUAUCACCUGCAAUGUACAUGUAUAUAUUAAACAAUGAAGUGUAAUUGAAACCAAUGGAUAACAGCGUCAACAAAAGCAGUUACCUUCCUUUGCAUUUAACAGUAAUUGAUUCUCAAUCUUUUCAGGUACCAAUAUUGUUUUAUUUCUACUUUGGGAAUUUUAACCUUUAAAUUGGGGAAAAUGGUCAAAGAAGCAGAUUUUGAAUGUUACCAUUUUUCAAUACCUACGUUAUGUACAACAAAAUUCUGUAUUUUUUCAGGCAUGUAAAUCGCCAGCAAAUAUCAAAUUUUGUAUUAAAAAAAAACAAUCUUUGUUUUCCUAUGUUUAAGAUUUUGACUUGUCUUAAAUGUGUUUUGCAUGUUAUAAAAAAAGUGUUGAAUAUUUUAAGUAUUAAAAACAGUGGUGAAUAAUUCACAAGUGAGAUGUUUUUCUUAUUAUUUGUAUAGUUAAUGUUUACAAUUAACUUCCUAUAAAAUUUUACAAUACAA